AUGCAAACGAGCAUCACAUCACCUGCGCACGAACGCGUCGUGGUGAUGUGCAAUGUGCAGGUGAUGUGCAACGCGGCGGUGCAGUGGGUCGCCUGGAGGGCGGGGCCGCCGCCGGCGCGGGCGGUGCGCGUGGGCGAAGUGUACGUGGGCCGCGUGCGCCACCGCGCCUCUCACCUCCUGGGGCCGGUGCUGCCGCCGCGCUGCCGCUGCCACGUGCUGAUGUUCGGCCGCCCCGUCGCCUUCCACUGCUACGAGCUGCUCGUCGCCGAUGAGACC